AAGCAUAAUUUUGAUGGCUCCGGGGUGGGGGAGGACGACUACGCAUAAAACCCUGGACGCGCGUUAUGGAUACAAGUAUCGCAUGAAGCUGGCGGGGGACUGCGUGCGGUGUCUUCUGAGGCGCGGGCUACUUGAUGACACUGAAGUUGAGUCGAAAUGAGAAAACGGUGAUGUGGUACGAAGACGGGAGCUGCAGAGAGGGAUACAAGUCGCCCAGGGGGAUCUGAGCAGCCCAUCUGAGGAACCACUUGGACCCAAGUUUUCAAGGAUAAGACAGCUGCUUCGAUUAAAGACCUGCAAUUAACUUCAUGUGAAAAAGGAGAGGGAGGAAAUCAGCUUCCUGGUCAGGGGGUGGGGGAUAGGGAGAUAUAUUAUUCAUGCCUUGUGUUGGAGCCAUUGGAGGACCGGCUUCACUGUGGCCUAGAUGAUACAUAUCUAUCUAUUUAUAUACAUCAAAAUAGUAAACCUUCAGGAGGAAGAGCGGACCUUGACAAACAAAAAAGAAAGGGCGAAUGACACUCGGGUAGCCUCAAAGUAAAGCACUUGCGCAAAAGGCUAAAGUGGGUUGAAGCAUGGGCUGUGCUUCAAGUAUUCAUAUCUCUGAAAGGGUGGGCUACCAAAGUGGAAAAGAGUCAGAGGAUUCCCACUCACCCCAGCAGACUAAUACCACUCAGCAUCAAGGAAAUCCUGCCUCGGGACUACCCCUAAAACCCACGAGCUGCAAGACCACAUUAACAGAGGUGCAAUUUGGACCAAUGAAGUUAUUUAAAGACCCACUUCAGGUACUUUUAGUUUUUGCCAAAGAGGACAGUCAGAGUAAUGGCUUCUGCUGGGCAUGUGAGAAGGCCAACUUCAGGUGCAGCACGGCACGAACACCCGAGUCGGCUCUCGAAUGCUUCAUGGAGAAGCAUCAUGAUCUCGUCAUCAUUGACCACAGACAUUCCAGACACUUCGAUGCAGAAGCACUAUGCCGGUCAAUCAGAGCGGUCAACUCUUCAGAAAACACUGUGAUAGUCGCCGUUGUGAAAAGGCCAGACAGAGAGGAAGCCUCUGUGAUGCCCCUGAUCAAUGCCGGCUUUAAUAGGAGAUAUGUAGAGAAUGCCAACAUGAUGGCCUGCUAUAAUGAGCUGCUACAGCUGGAGCAUGGAGAGGUGCGGGCGCAGUUCAAACUAAGGGCUGGAAAUGCUAUUUUCACAGCUCUAGAACAAAGUCAAGAGGCCAUUGAGAUCACUUCUGAAGAUCAAGUAAUUCAGUAUGUGAACCCUGCCUAUGAGUCCGUAAUGGGCUACCAACGAGGCGAGCUAAUAGGGAAGGAAAUCAAAGAAGUGCCUAAAAGUGAGAAGAAUAAGCCUGAUCUCCUUGAAACAAUAAAUUCCUGCAUACGGAAAGGAAAGGAGUGGCAGGGGAUUUAUUAUGCCAAAAAGAAGAAUGGAGAGAGCAUUCAGCAAAAUGUGAAGAUCACACCUGUAAUUGGACAGGGAGGAAAAAUCAGACACUAUGUGUCUAUCAACUGGCCUUUAAACGAUAAUAAUAAGAUUGAUAAAUCCACUGAACGUGUGCAGGCAGAGUCUCAAACAGACAUCCAAUCCAGUAAGCACAAAGACCGGAGGAAAGGCUCUCUGGACGUGAGAUCCACGACGUCUCGGGGGAGCGACGGGAGCUCACAGCGAAGGCACUCCUCAAUGGCCCGAAUCCACUCCAUGACUAUUGAAGCUCCCAUCACCAAGGUAAUCAACAUCAUCAAUGCAGCGCAGGAAAGCAGUCCCAUGCCCGUGGCAGAGGCCUUGGAUCGGGUCCUGGAGAUCCUGAGGACAACUGAGCUCUACUCCCCACAGCUGGGCACCAAGGAUGAAGACCCCCACACGAAUGACCUCGUGGGGGGGCUGAUGACGGAUGGUUUACGCAGAUUGUCGGGAAAUGAAUACAUCUUGUCCACAAAACAGGCCCACCAUAUCCCCAGUCACCUGGCCACUCCUCUGUCUCUAAAUGACAUCCCCCCUCGCAUCGCCGCCACCAUGGAGAAUGAGGACUCGUGGGAUUUUGACAUUGUCAACUUGGAGGCUGCGACCAUGAAAAGGCCUUUGACUUACUUGGGCAUGAAGAUCUUCUCCCGAUUUGGGGUCUGCGAGUUCCUCAACUGCCCCGAGGCCACGAUGCGCUCCUGGCUACAAGUGAUUGAAGCCAACUACCACUCCAGCAACUCCUACCACAACUCUUCUCAUGCAGCGGAUGUCCUGCAUGCAACGGCAUACUUCCUCUGCAAGGAGAGGGUCAAGCAAAGUUUGGAUCCCAUCGACGAGGUGGCUGCUCUGAUUGCUGCAACUGUGCACGACGUGGACCACCCGGGACGCACCAACAGCUUCCUGUGCAACGCGGGAAGCGAGCUGGCCAUUCUCUACAACGACACCGCCGUGCUAGAGAGCCACCACGCAGCGCUGGCCUUCCAGAUCACCACCAGAGAUGACAAGUGCAACAUCUUCAAGAACAUGGAACGGAAUGAAUAUCGAACGCUUCGACAGGCCAUCAUCGAUAUGGUGCUCGCGACCGAGAUGACCAAACACUUUGAACACGUCAACAAAUUUGUCAACAGCAUCAACAAGCCCCUGGCUGCUCUGGAGGAGAAUGGGGGAAACGGCGAUGAAGAAUCUGUCAAAAGCGUUCUUACAUCGCCUGAGAAUCGCAUCCUCGUCAAGCGGAUGCUGAUUAAGUGUGCAGACAUCUCCAAUCCAUGCAGGCCUCUGGAGCUCUGCAUUGAAUGGGCUGGACGAAUCUCAGAGGAGUACUUUGCACAGACGGACGAGGAGAAGAGACAAGGCCUACCGGUGGUCAUGCCUGUGUUUGACAGAAACACGUGUAGCAUCCCAAAGUCCCAGAUUUCCUUCAUCGACUACUUCAUUACGGACAUGUUUGACGCAUGGGACGCUUUCGCAGACCUCCCCAAUCUCAUGCAGCACUUGGACAACAACUUCAAGUACUGGAAAGGCCUGGACGACAGGAAGCUGCACAGCCUGCGACCGCCUCCGGAGUAGGCCGCUGCUGCGUUCGGUCCUGGGACCCUGGAGUCCGGGGCAGCCCUCCUCUCUCCCGCUGGGGCGUCUCUCUCCCUGCCAGGCCGGCCAGCCGGCCAAAAAAAAAGGCCUCCUCGCCUUCACUCUCCUGCUUCUGUAGCGCCGAGCAUCCACGUGUCCGUCCACACGGAGACCACAGAGGGACUUCCUGGCGGGCGGUUUGCAGCGGUGACACUGCCGGCUUCGCGACCCCGUUCAGAUGGAAACUGUGACAAACGGACGUGGACACACAGCAUCCUUUGCAAACUUCUCGUGCCUCUCGGCCAUUUGCGGUGUAGCUGGUAAAGUGACGUGACUAAGAGAGGGUCCUGCAGGCCUCGUGGCCCAGCAUCCAUCCCCUCAUUUCUGCCGGUGAAGUUGCUCUCUGAGUAAAGACUUGUAGUUUACUGACGGAGCGCGCAACGUUGGAGGGGUGUGGGUGGAUAUGAAGGUGUCCAAUUCUUGUCAGGCCAUAUAAAUCACCUUUGACCUCCAUCCCUGUGCUCACAACUUUACAAGACUGCUCCUUCUGCCCCUCGAGGCCAAACCAUGAAAUAACACUCCACUUCUCCUCUUUUGGCAAUAUUUUCACGUGUCCUUCAGAAAUCCAUCCACGUUGACACAACGCUUCCAUAACACACGUGUAGGGGAACGCUUUCCCUGUGGGUGAGGGAGCCGAUCUUUACUUUAGGCCGCCGCUGAGAGACGAAAGACUCAACAUCGUGAUUAUAGGUAACUAAUUACAGAUGAUUUGGUUUGUUUGUUUUUACUAGAUGUUCCAUAUUUUCUUUGUUAAGAUUCACAAACAUAUUAGUUGAUAAAUAAAUAACAACAAAAUUUAUUUCAGAAAGAGAGAGAAAAGCCAAAGUUGAAGAAGACAAAAACUACUAUAGCUCUAAAAAAAACACACAAUUAUUAUUCAUAUGAAGCAUUACCAUAAUAUACAUUUUUAUUUUCUUAUCAAAAGUAAAGUACAGUUUUGAUUGAACACUUUUGUAUUGCACUGUAAACAAUAUUACAAAUAUCUACGUCUCAGUGAUUUGUCCAGGGAUGGGAUGUUGCAUUUUAGAAUAAGCUGUCAUUGUUGAUCAUCAGGAGUUUGUGUGUGUGUGUGUGUGUGUGUGUGUGUGUGUGUGUGUGUGUGUGUGUGUGUGUGUGUGUGUGUGUGUGUGUGUGUGUGUGUGUGUGUGUGUGUGUGUGUGUGUGUGUGUGUGUGUGUGUGUGUGUUCAUGUGGGUGCGUUUGGGUCAUAGGUGUGGGCGUAUUCGUUGUUGCAACAGUCCCUUACUCUUGGUUUGAUGCUGUAUACCGCUUGACAUCUGACAACAGCAGAAAUAUGUGAAAACAUUUUGGACUUGAACAUUUUUUUCUCCCAGAAAUUUUUGUAUCUGGUUUAUCCUACUGAAAAGACUGCCUUAUUUUAUACAAUAUUUAUACAGUACUUCCCACUGUGCAACUGCAACGGACAUCUGGAGUUUUUAUUAUGACAUAGUCAGAAGGUUAUGUUCAAGUAAAUCUCAAUAUUUUUAUAGACAAUGAAUUUUACACUGGAUUUGCAGCAAAUGAGAUCAACCAUUAUAGCUAUCUGAAUACCUGUGAAUUGGAUGGUCACACUGAGCAUGUAUACAGAGAACUAAAUGGUUAAGAAGGAUGUGGAUCGCAGAGUUGUCUAUCACUGUCUUUAAGCAGUCUCCUAGAGACCAGCUUGCAUUGAAUUCUGAUCAAACUCCAUCCUAUUUUGGCCACUUGUCCCACACCCUUAUGCACAGACCCAGGGAACGGCUUUAUGUUCAAGGGCGGUUUCAGUUUGGAUACUAAUAUAUGUUAAAGAUUUUCGCUUGUUAAGAAUAUUUCCUCUUUAAACAGUAUAUAAAUGCCAUAACAAUUAAGCAAAUUAUGGUUAAUGAGAAGUUUUGACCACAGUCAUCUUUGUUUCUCUCGUAUGAAAGAACUGUACACUCAAUCGGGGGAUUGUUGGUUUCUUCUGAUUCACGUCUUGGUCCGAAGGCACGGGGGGAAAAAAAUAGAAACUAUUCAAUGAAAAAUAAAAUAAUUUCAAUUUAUAAGUUUGCAGUUUAUUUCCUGCAAUGGUU